UCUAUAAAUGGUUUGAUAAAUAUUCGGAUCAAUUAGUUUCAGUGAAUAUUGCGACAUGAAAAAUAUUCUUAUUAUCUUCCACCUUUUAGUGGCCGCCUUGGCGAAACCUGGAUUUGGUCCAACAGACCAGGAAUGGGGAUUCGUCCAAGUGAGAGAAAACGCUGAUCUAUUCUGGUGGCUCCAUUACACUACCGCCAACGUUUCCAAACCUACUGAAAGACCGCUCAUCAUUUGGUUGCAAGGAGGACCCGGAGCAUCGUCUGUGGGUUACGGCAAUUUCGCAGAAAUCGGACCCCUAGAUGCGGAUUUGAAACCAAGAAAUACAACUUGGGUGAAAAACGCCAAUAUUCUUUUCGUCGAUAACCCCGUGGGAGUGGGAUUCAGUAACGCCAAAACUAAUGUAGACCUCACCACUACAAAUCGACAAAUCGCCGAUGAUUUUCUGGUAUUUCUCAAGAAGUUUUACGAAACACUUCCCGAAUUCAAAAAAGUACCACUAUAUAUUUUCUGCGAAUCUUAUGGAGGAAAGAUGACAGCUGAAAUAGCUUUGGUAAUUGAUAAUGCUGCACGCAAGGGUGAAAUUGCUAGUACUUUGAAGGGUAUCGGACUCGGGGACUCUUGGAUAUCCCCAAUUGAUUCUGUCCUCACUUGGGCACCGUACUUACUUAAUUUGGGAGCAGUAGAUCAACAGGGCUAUGAAAAAAUAAUGGCUGUAGCUAAUGUAACAAAACAGGCUUUAGAUCAAGGAAAAUUUGAAGAAGCCACAUCUUAUUGGGUUCAGACUGAAAGAGUAAUCAGUGAAGUAGCGAAUGUUGACUUAUAUAACAUUCUUAAAAAAAUUCCCUCUUUCGGACGUCGCCAUAAUUUAUUUAAACCAUCUGUUUCCGAUGAAGUGGAAUCUAAGAUCGAUGUGAUUUUAAACGGUCCUGUGAGAGAAGCCCUCAAUAUUACUCGAUAUUCGAUGGAAGAUGAUGUAUUCGAAAUGUUGUACGGGGACUUCAUGAAACCAGUUACCAGCAUCGUUGAGGAACUUCUGAACAAUACAGAUAUUUUUGUUGCAGUCUACAAUGGACAGCUCGAUCUAAUAGUGGACACACCUGGGACUGUAAAGUGGAUUGAUAAUUUGAGAUGGAAAAACAAAUCUUCAUGGGAAUCUUCAGAAAGGUCAGCAUUCGCGAAUGAUGGUUAUUACCAAGGAUAUGUCAAGAAAUAUGGGAACUUUGCCUUUUAUUGGAUUGACAGAUCUGGGCAUAUGGUACCAAUUGACAAUCCAUCUGCGAUGGAUUAUAUUCUCAAGGAUGUGACGAAUAACUUCAAAGUAUAACUGUGAUAACAUUAAAAAGAUCACCGUUUGAUUUUAAACUUUGUAUUAUUUACAGUAUUAACUUUUUUGUUGUGG